UUACCACAAGCACAUAAAAUUUGAUUUUAAAGGUUAUGUAAAACUGCGUACGUGUUUAUUGUUUGAAUUAAAAGUGGCCAAUUCAACAAAUAUUUAAAUAAUUUAUUACUUGUUCAACGUGAUAGCGGUAUUAGUUUAACCAUCUGGUACGCUUUCGUGCAAUUUUAACGAAAACUAUGUCAAGUCCAAAGCAAGAUUCUGCCCUAAAAGCAGGUCACCCUCCUGCAGUGAAAGCAGGCGGUAUGAGGAUAACUCAACACAAAACAAGAAAAGAUUCCGGAGGCAUAACUGAAGAUGUCACCGGUAUCACAGUCUCCGGCAGUCCACCGAAGACGACUACCGUUUCUGGCGCGGUCGUCAAGGGACACGCCGAUUUUCCUGCGGAAGCAGUGCAAAGUUUUCACAAAGAAAAGCCCCCAGCAAUCCAUCCUAACAAGCCAGUGGCUCACAUCCAACAACCCAGGAAAUAGAUUAGAUAGUUGCCAAAUUAUUCCUAAAAGAACUUAUGUAAGAUCCAAGAUUUCCAUAACGACAUAGUCUAUUAAUAUUUGUUUAAAUGAAAGUACUUAGUAAUAGUUUGUUAAAAAUGUUACACGUACUUCAAUAUUUUAUAAUUAUUAUUUUUAUGUACAUAUAGUCAGUCAUAAUGAGUUUAAUUGACGAAGAAGAAGUAGAUACAUAAUAUUACUUUGUUUUUUUGAUAUAAUACUUCGUUGUUGAUGUUUUCUUUGUCUUUAUUACUAUCAGAACGUCUUUUUGACAAAUAAUAUAGACUAACUCACAAACUAUGUCUAUUAUUGUUAAUUUAGUAUGUAAAUUUGAUAAAAUCUAUUACACUUGUUAAAUGUCUAUAUUAUCAAAUUAACAAAAAUGAAUUAUUAAAUUAUUUUUUGUAAUGAAAUGUCGUUAUGGAAUUCAGUACAUACUUUAAAAUGCAUUUUUUAUUCUUAAUAUUCUUAUGAUUGAGUCUUUCAACAUUCAGCACAUUUGACACUCCAAAUUAUGCCUUAGAUAUUAAUCAAAAUUGAGAUUUUCGACCUCGAGUUUAAAUAUUGGCGAAACAUAGUGUCUGCUUCAAAGAAGUAAUUGACCAUUGAUUUAAAAAUGUGUGAUAUUUUAUACCAUUGCUGACUCCGAGCGAAAUUUUUGUUUUUUUACUUAUAAGUCACUCAGAUUUUUUACUAAACAGAUACAUUUUUUAAUGUAACUUCAUUUUUUUCUAAGAUAUUUUCGUUCUUGAGUGAGCAGUAAUAUACAAUUAAUGUUGUAACAACUUACUUGCUGUAACUAGAGGAAAAUGUUUGUAUAAGUUUUGGUAAAUUUUAAAACUUGAGGUACUUAAACGAUUAUAAUAAGUUUUCAUUAGACACACCGACAAAAAGCGGACAACUUUGAUAAAAUAAAAAAUUUUAAAAUGCUGCCCUUAUAAUUAUUCUUCCGUUGAAUUUUUCGUCUUCAGUAAGUGACCACGGAGUUUGAUUUUAUCAUAGAAAAAUAUUCAGUGGGACUUAGAUCUGUAAUUAAGGCGGGCCAGUCUGGUAGUGUCGAUUAUAUUCAGAUAUUUAGUUAUUGAAUACACAAAGUUCAACGCAUUUAACACCGUGUGCAUGAGGGUGGUCCGAUAAAACUUUUGCAAACGUGCGACAGUUUGGAAACAAAACUAAACCGCACGGGGCCAAUUCUGGAGAAUAAGGUGGAAGAGCACUUUUUCUUCUACAAAUCGAGUCGUUUUUUCCGCAAAUCGUUGUCAAAUCGGUCCAAUAAUUUGUCAUAGCAGAACUCUAUGACCAUUUUGUCCUUCUCCGGGUAGCACACCUUGCAAGUCCCAGAAAACAAUAGCAUCGAAAAGCGCUGAAGUGGUCUCACAAUUGGGCUUGCCCGGUAUGAGCAAGCAAAGGCUUUCUCAUGCCCAAAAUGUCAUGCAGGAUAUGACGUACGCGAUCUUAAGAGACUACUGACUCAUUUAUCUCACGCACCUUUAAUCGGCGGUCUGCCAAUACGUGAUCGGAUAUCGUGGAUUUGACACGUUAUCCACGUUAUUGGUCUGCCAAUACGUGGAUUUUGACACGUUAUCCUCCGUGAUAACCAUUUUCGGGGCACCUGGGCGUGGUUCAUCAAAAAUAGACGUGUAACCUCGUUGAAACUCAUUAAACCAAUAAUUUUUGACGGUCGCCAUCGAAGGAAAGAAAUCACUAUAUAUACCAUCCAGUCGCUUUUUGGUUCCACUUCGCGAUUUCCUGCAUUUAUAAAUUAUGUAAGGUUGCGUGACAAACUUGAAAGUAGAAUGAAAUAAUCUAAAUUAUAGAUCCAUAUUUAUUCAAUGAUUUGUUUAAUGGUAGCCAGUAUUUGUCAAUGUGUGUUCCGUAUAUAUUUUUAAAUAUAUUUUUGAUUUCAUUAAACGUUUCCCAAAGAUAAUUGAUUUUAUAAAAUGUGUACUCGAAGGCAGAAAAAGUUUUUUAAAUUUUUAUAAAAUGUGCAAUUGAAUUUAUUAUGUAAUAAUUAGAUGUGGAAUUUUGCAUGAGUUAUUAUAGAUUUACCUCUUAAGGAAAGGAAAAUAAUUCGGGAUUCAAGAAUGUUCUAAAUAAAAGCAAAUUGAAAGAAAAUUUCAUUUCUGAUUUCAAAAUUUGUCUUUUAUUAACUAAAAUUCAGAUCAAUUACGACAAAAAAGUUCCGUUGGAUUUAUAAUUAUUAUAAAAUGAAAAUACUCUGAUCAUUUAUAUCGAAUAUUUUACCAUGUGUUAAAUAUGUAUAUCGAUCAACGAAAUGUCAAUACUAAUGGAAUGGGCAUGAAGCGAAUUUAAUGCGGCCAGGAUGAGAUAGCGUAGUCAGGAAGAUAAUCGCCAUCUUUCGUAAACAAAAAAAUUGAUAGUGGUAGUCAGGGUUGCCAGAUUGGUGUAUUUUCCCACAAUUUUGGAGUAAUUUGAAAGUGUCUAGGUGAAUUUUUCUAAGCAAAAAUGGUUGGGAGAUUUUUUUGGGGGGACAAUUAUAGACGAUUUUAAGAAGUCAUGGUAAAUUAAAUUUGCGAAUAUACAUAGAACUGUAUAUUAUACUCUCAUAUAACCGAAGACGAUAGGACCUAUGAAUUAUUUCCAGGGCCCUCUGUUGAUAAGUACAUAGUAUAAUUUUGUUUUACUGUUCUCUACAUUUGACUACUAAUUUGAGCUUCAAUUUGAGGGAAUUUCAGUUUCUAAGUGGGGGAUUUAUAAAAUCACAUCUGGCAACUCUGGUGGUAGUUGUAGAAAAUUUUCUCUGGCAUUCUCUGUCUCUCUCUUGUAUGUUGGCCGCAAUCUCGCUUCACUGUUUGAAUGGGACGGGGCCAUUCGGGACGUUGUAUUGACAGUUCGUUGAUAUUGAUAGAUAUUUUUAAAAUGUCUUAAUUUUUUUUAUAUAUUCAUCAAGUAAUGACUUAUGCAUUAUUCCAUUCAAAUACUUUAAAUUUUCACUUUUUUAAAGAUCAUAUUCAGUGAGUGUUUAAAAGUUGUUAUAUUUUUUAUUGCUUUUGUAAUACUUAACAUAGCUAUUUUGUUUUUCAAUUUAAAUUUGAAGUUUAACGGUUUGGGUUUUUAAUUUAAGUCUAAAAUGGAAAGAAAAAAAAUUUAUUUGAUGUCAGAAUAAAUAGUUUUUAUUA